AUGGGUAAACAGGUUUCGAAGAAGAAGAAAAAACGAAAGAAGAAAACGCACCCAGGAAAGAGCCAAAGUGCUCCACCCGAGGAAGGCGACGACGCGGACGAGAGUGAGGAGAACGAGAGAGCGGGCGACAUCCUUGCACUCCUUGGCGGCACGUCGAAACCAACAGCUGACGGUGGCGUCGCCGGAAAAACUGGUGCCUCUGCUACCAGCCCAUUUAGUUCCAGUGGUAAAACCGGAGCUAGCGGUCCCGGCGGGGCAAGCGAUACCAAAGCUGGCAGUGCUACUGGAGGUGGUGCCGGCGGUAGACCUGUAGCUGGUGGUCGAGCUGCAGACGGCAAGGGUGGAGCAGAAGCCGAUGGCACGAGUGGAGCUUCAAAGGCUGGUGCACGCGGUCGUCCAGGAGCUGGUGGAGGUGCUUCGGGAGCCGGCGGAGGUGGUUCAGGGGCCGGGGGUGGAGUCGGUGGUGGUGGCACCGGCGUCCGUGGUGCAGGUUCAGGACCCGGUAAGGGUGGUUCGGGAGCCCGUGGUGGUGGUUCGGGAGCCGGUGGAGCUGGUACGGGAGCCGGCGGAGGUGGUGGUUCGGGAGCCGGUGGUGCGGGUUCGGGACCCAGCGCUAGCGGAGCGGACGGUUCAGCUGCAGGUGGACGCGGUUUAGGAACCGACGGCAGCGAAGCCGACGCGUCAGGUGCCAGAAGUGGAGGAAGCUCCGCCGCCGCGAUGGGUCGGGGUUCAUCUCUUGAUGGCGCAGACAUGUCAGGAGCAGAUGGUGCCGGUGGACACGGCUCUAAGGCCGAAGAUGGUACCCAUUCGUUAACCGGAGGACGGGAUUCGGGAGCCGAUGCCUCAGGGGCAGGGACUCCUGGAGCUGGUGGUAUCUCUGGACGUGGUUCCUCAGCUGCCAGCGGAAGUCGUGCAGACGGAGCAGAUGAUACUGCUGACGCAUUUAAAAUCGCUAAAACCGAUGAUAAUGGUAGGAUCAGCAGACAGAGUGAUACCUCGGGUGCCCAUUCAAGGGCUGCCAACAGCGGCGCACAUGAGUCUCUCACUGGAAUGUCUUCGACGGUGAAAAUAUUUGGCACACCUCCGCCUGGCUACCAGGAUACUAAUAUCGUCGAAGAAUCUAUGGGCGUGGUGGUUGAAAACGGGCGUAAGGUCUCCAAAAUGGAUAUCUCCGUGCACUCAAUCAGGUCAAAGGUCAAUGACGACACGGUGCAGGAGCUGUCCGAGGCUCUGGAAAACGACAGAGGACAGACGUCAGCAGGCGGUGUACACAGUCUGCAGACUGUCAGUGAGACAGAGGGCGAGCUAGACGAAAGUCACCUGCUCAAAGACAUGCCUGAUUCUCAGCCCAUGAGAGCUAAACAAAGCAUGGACUUGGGAACCACUCCUGGCAAACGAAGCAAAGCGGCAGAUUCAAGGGGCAUGGUGACUGUAUCGCUGAGCGUCUCCUCCCAUAAGGGUUCGAUCACUUCCGAAAUAAGCGUCUCCGUCAAAAAUUCCACCAGAUCUUCCCCCGGCAAGCCGCAAUCUGGUUUAGAUGUUUCAGUGACGUCCGCGACAGAAGAGCCCGAAUCCAUGCAUGAGUCAGCCGACCCACUACCUCCUGAAAUGCCCCAGAAUGAUACAGUGGAGGUUCUUGAAGUGGAGGCAGAGCAAAACGUCGUUGAUACUGUCGAAGAGGAGCCUAAGAUUUCUGUACGUAACAGCAGGACUACUGAAUCAAGCAGUCUGCAGCAGAGAGUAUCUGCGACGAAGGAGGAGAGCGGUGAGACACUCAUUGCCGCGACUACAGCUGAUCUGCCGGCAAACUCAGAAACUCAGCCACUGGUUCAGAAUGCCGUUAUCUCCGAAGAAACUAAGGAGGCCAAAGACCCAGGAGAAGAAGUCCUGGUGACGUCAGGCCCCGAAAGAGUCUCCACUGUUCCGUCUGUAGCCGAACCUGUAGAAGAGAAGAGGGGUGUGGAGUGGACAGAUCUGAAUCCUGUUGAUGAGAGUAAUCACACCAAAGAAAUAAAGAGAAUGUCUACAGAUAGUGCCCAAGAUAGUGCGGAACCGGCAGCAGUGAAUCCACCGCCAAAAAUGAGCGAAACAGCCCCCGAGACAUCUGUGAACAUAGUCGCCAGCAUUCGCUCCUCCGAGAUCAGUGUGCAUUCAGAAUCAACGGUUACUGUGGGCGCGGCCUCAACGCAGUUAUUGAAGGGUGACUUGAGUCCGUCUGUGGCCGAGCCACCCGAUAUGUUGGAGCCAGCUCCGGUUCGCCAGGGAGAGGUCUCCGCUGUCCUCAGUGAUAGGCCAUCCUCCAGUUUGGAGAGUGUCUCUGGUCAAACAAAAACUGCCUCAGAGCACGUUCGUUCACAAUCGGAGCCUGCUAGUCCUCGGCCAGGCAGGAAACGUCGGAAGCACAAGAUAACUGUGGACGUGGAUAUUAGUUUCAAUACGUGUGGCAAGUCCUCAGUCAGCAGUCAUGGCGGCAGUCGGAAUGUCAACAGUUGCCUCGGCGGACCUCUCUACACGGAGAACAGCGACAACUUCGUCUCAAUUGUUGUACGUCGGCAGGACAAAGAGCUGUUCUCUCGUGAGAAGUCGCUGGAGAUCUCUGAUCCAGACGACUUUCACACAGGCCUGCCUGUCGACUCGCCUGUGGAUAUAUCCUUUUCAAGGGAUUCACUAAAACAGGAAAGCGCGGACUGCAGCGAUAACCGGAUGUCCCUGCAUGUAAGGUAUACACCUUCACCGGUGCAGAACAGGAGAGAACCAUCACCAGGUGUCAAACAAGUGGCCGCGAGUAAUCAGUUGUUUGUCUCUAUCGUUGAUAACAACCCGCCGGUAAAUAUCGCUGUCUGCUCUCCCAAGCACAGACCGGCGGAAGAACCGAUAUCCCUAAAGGUACCAAGUAAUGUGACCCCUGAAGCGAAUACUGGUAGGGGUUUGUCUGCGGAAGCUGCCAGUAAUAUUCCCGGCUCGUGUGACUUUAACACCGCUAAUCUGCAGGAGGACAUAUCCGCCACCAUGGAGAUCGUGGAGGAGACCUUGCAUAGGAAACUGGGCAGGGCUCAGAGGAUUGCCAAAAUUGUCAACGAGGUCGGGCUGACAGAGGGAGAACGUGUAGAAGCUGAAAAUGCGGAGGUUGGUCCGCGCAGUCGACAUGUGGCCAAGGUCAUCACUGACGUUAAUGUGGUCGCUAAGAAGGCUCGUAUCGUGCGAGAGGAGGAUCGUGAAAUGAAAAUCCACACAAUACUCUAUGACAUAAAUAAGACGCUUCAGAUUCGGCCGGUCAACGGAGACCAAGAUGGAGCUGCUAAGAAGCCAAAGGAGAAUAAGGAGGGUAACAAUGCCAACGAGAGCACAAUUCAGGCAUUGGGUUGUGAGCCUGGCAAUCCCUACACAGGGACUCUGGAAAGUCACGUCCAGUGGAACAAACACUGUUCGACGUCAGGUGAGCCAGCACUUGUCGUUUACGAACGGAAAGGCAAUGGCAGCCGAGGACAGGGCACUACCAAUGCCUACAAAGCGAACCAUCGGAAGGAGGCAGCGAAUCAUACAGCUCGCCAACAAGGUAAUCAGAACUCCACCAUACAAAACAGCAUUUGGGAUUCGAGGACAAGUGCGCUCGACCCUGUGGGCGGACGCAUCAGACAGGCCCGUCUUCGAAAGCCCUCAAUAACACAUUUCGGCAAAUUCAUUGAAAAACACAAUCUCAAUCGGUACCGUUCCAGCAGUGCUUUCAGCUACGAACUGGCUGGCCGGAAAAUGAGUGAGAAGGCGGCUGUAGCCUGCCCGCUGAAGGCAUCUUGUCCGAAACCUCCUCCGCUAAAUCCUGAGCGUCCACUCAUGGCUGACGUCCAAGUCCGCCUGUUGCCCGCGACGAAGUUGUUAAAGGUGACGCUACUGCGUCAGGGGCGGCUGCGUGCAAUGGGUCAAGCUCUCGAUAUCGACGAUCCCAGCCUUCCGGACGCUGCUGUACGUUCCUACAUGAGUCGUCUUUCCAGUCACAUGAGCCGCAUCAGAGGCUACAUCUGCACCAGCGCCUAUUUGGAUCAGUCAAAUAAGAAUGGACAAUUUCCCCUACGCACUGGACGCUCAAACACAACUGGAAGAAGUUAG